UCUCUUGUUUCCGAUCAGAGGUGAGGAAGGGCACGAGGGACAGGGACAGUCUUUGUGUGGCAGGUCACGGUGAGUUUAUCAUGACUUUCACUGAAUGCUAACUGGGCUUCUCAGUGAAACUGAGACAGACUGGCUACCCGUGCACACUGCUGCUACAGGGAUAUCAUGAGAGUGCACUUGAAGAGCUUCAAUGACGUUAUGGGCAUGUGCGGUGGAACAGCGGCGGUCCUUCGACCAAUCCUCUGCCUCCUCCUCCUCCUCGUCUUGGUUCGGGGUUGCCGCGGUAAUGGCAGUGGGGGAGGUAGAAUCCUGGUCUUCCCCGAGGAUGGCAGCCACUGGCUCAACAUGGAGGUCAUCCUCCGAGAGCUCCACUCCAGAGGUCACGACCUCACCGUGCUACGCUCCGCCAAGAGCUGGUACAUCCCCCAGAAUUCCCCUGUCUACACCUCCAUCACCGUGAACCCUGCUCCUCCUCCGCCGGGCGAGGACCUCGGUCCUGACUUCUACACCGUCCUGAUGCAGCGCUCGCUGAAACGGCGCAGGAUGUUUCCAGUCCGCCGUUUCCUAGAGCAGCAGAAGGACACGGCGGCCAUGUUGAUGAUGUUUCACGGCGGGGCGCUCUGCAUGAUCUCCGCCAUCUUGGAUGACUCGGACCUCGUCGCCAAACUGAGGGAGUCCAGAUUCGACUUGAUGCUCACCGACCCUGCCUUCCCUGCUGGGGUGCUCCUGGCCCAAUACCUGGGCAUACCCAUGGUUUAUAAUGUCCGCUGGCUCAAUGCGGGCGAGGCCCACAUGACUGUUGCCCCCACGCUGCCAUCCUAUGUCCCAAUGUACAACUCGCUGUUCAGCGAUAAUAUGGACCUCCUGCAGAGGACAGAGAACUUCCUGCGUUACCUGGCCAUCCUCCUCCAGGAGCAUCUGGUCAUCCAGCCACUCUACGUCGACCUGCUUCGACGUCACUUCCCCCCUGGUGCUGACCUGCUCUCCAUGCAGCGCUCGGCAGACGUGUGGCUGAUGCGGGUGGACUUUGUCUUUGAGUUCCCGCGGCCCACCAUGCCCAACGUGGUCUAUGUGGGGGGCUUCCAGUGCCGUCCGGCCGAGCCGCUCCCUGCUGACCUGGAGGCCUUCAUGCAGAGCUCUGUAGAGCACGGGGUGGUAGUCAUGUCUCUGGGAACGCUGGUGUCUGCCCUGCCUAAGGAGGUAACCGAGGCGGUGGCCCAAGCCUUUGCCCAGCUGCCCCACAAGGUGGUGUGGAGGUUCCUGGGAGAAAGACCCUCUUCCCUGGGGAACAACACCCUGCUACUGGACUGGCUCCCCCAGAACGACCUCCUGGGCCACCCCAAGACCCGCGCCUUCGUGGCUCACGGAGGCACCAAUGGCCUGUAUGAGGCCAUUUACCACGGGGUCCCUGUGCUGGGUCUGCCACUCCUCUUCGACCAGUUUGACAACAUCCUGCGGCUGCAGGUGCGCGGGGCGGCACGGGUGCUGGAGGCCGCCACUCUCACCACAGAGGACUUCCUGGAGGCCCUAAGGGACGUGCUGGAGAAUCCCUCCUACCGCCACAACAUGCAGAAGCUCUCUGGCCUGCACCGCGACACGCCCCUGUCCCCGCUCGCCAGUGCCACCUUCUGGAUUGAGUACGUGAUGAGGAACGGCGGAGCGUCCCACUUGCGCACCGAAGCCUACAGCAUGCCCUGGUACUCCUACCACAGCCUGGACGUGGCGGCGCUGCUCAUGGCCCUCAGCGGAGCCUCUCUCUGGGCCUCAGUCUCUGUCUGCAGCAGGCUGUGCUGCAGGAGCUCCAGGAGGAAGACCAAGCUGGAGUGAGAGACAUGAAUCUAAAGAUUGGCCAAGAUGGGUAUUUUAGAUGUUGUACGCAUUUGACCAUCAAUUGCCAAUUUCUGUCAACGAUUUUAAAAAUUGCUCAAAUGAAUCCUCAGAAAAUACUUCAUUAAGAUAUUUUUACAAAUUCAAAAAAUAACUCCCAAGUCCACCAUAAAUACAUAAUAACAUUAAAAGGAAGUACAUGAUUCAAUAAAAACGGAUGAAAAGUUAUUUAUAUUCAGACUUCCCUUAGGGAAUGUGGUGCCUUGGAACUUCAGCUUACAUAUUGGAUUUCAGUCUGGUGACAUAAGAAAGGAAAUCUCUCUAUGAUAGCAUGUGUUAAAAAUACAGCCUAGCCACCAUUGUCUCACACUCCCAUUCCCCUCAAACAACUAUACUGUUUACCACCAACAGUUGUACACAGUGAACAAAUGUGUUUGUUCAAAGGAAAAAUAUAUGUCAUACUCAUACUUUUCCACCUAAAAGCCUUAGGAAGAAGUCUCAAUAAAAAUGUAAUUACUAU